AUGGACAACCAUGUCAGAGCAUUCAUGCGGGUCAUCCGCAAAGUCGACGACUUCAACGAAUUGUCACAAUCCUUUCCAGAAUGGGAGAAACUCGCUCUCUCCCAAGACGGAGACUCACCGCCGAUCAAUCCCCAGGACCGCCGGAGGAUCCUCGAUUUUCCAGACCCCGAGACUGAGACAAGCAACAUUGCAAAGUCGACAACUCUCAGCAAAGAAGAACUGCUCAAACGCGCGGUCGAGACGCCCGCGCAGCUGUCCGAUACAGAGGCCUCUCUGGUCUCAGACCGUUACUGGCUGGACAUCACGCUGGAUGAGAAGUCCGAAAUCGGCCACGCGCAGGGGCUUCUCGGCGGACCCUAUCGAAUCUCCCAGGAGGAUUUUGUGCAGGCAGAUGAGCGCCUCAAGGCUAUGCGGCAUCCGCUCUACGCGGAAAACGAGGAGAAAGCCAUCGCGAGCGCCAGCAUGGAACGCUUCAGGCGCUAUUACGAGGCGUCUCAAGCCGAUCGGCUUCGGAGGGCAGAAGAAGUCCUGAAGAAGGCGUUCCCCUGGGUUAGACGCCUUUUCGAGGAGGACCAGGGCAAGAGGCGUUGGGGGUACGCCAUGUUCGAGGAGCCGAACUUGUUUGCCGACGAUCAGGCGAAGGAGGAUUACGGAUGCCGACGCGACGCGGUUCUGUUCUAUGCUUGCGGCGCCAUCGGGGCGGAGACCGCUGCAGUCGGUGGUAUGUGGCAGUUGCAAAACCUGGGCUGGCCUGCGGAUGCUACCGCAAACGACAGGGACGAAAAGGGGAGCGCCAUCGAGCGCUCAGAGACUGAAGAUGAACUCGCCGCUAAGUUUCAGAAACUGCGCAAGCACUUCAGGUCCAUUCGCGACCAGAAGCAGAUGCAAGAGCAGGCCGUCUCGGACGGUCCUGUGCAAGCGCAGCCUGGUGGUUUGCGAGACGGAAUGCUUCGAAACGUCUUUCUCGUAGACGACAAGCACAGCGUAGCGUCGAUAACGAAAGGUCGGGGGUUUGUCGACGAGAUGUGGGUUUGGGCAGUUGAUCCCGACUACGACGAUCCGAACGACCAACCAGCCGCUUCUGUUACGACCGAGGGCGCGGUGCCGACAGAGACACCUCGCAGGUACAGAGGCUUCAUGCGCGUACGACUUCAGCAGAUUGUCAACAACUUUUACGAUGCGCGGCGCUUUCAUGAGGACGAGUACCCGAUGUCCAAACUCUGGGAAGCGGCGCAGAAGAGCAGGUUUGAGGCCUUCGUUUCGCUCAAGGAAGACGAGGCGCGGAUGAGCAAGAUGGAUAGGUUUGUGGGGAGUUGCAUGCGAUCACAGCAGCCACGGAUUGUAUAUGGACCCAAGCCAACGCCCUAA